CGCCUGUCACUGGUGCAGCCGCUGGUGCAUGUGAAGCUGAGCUCAGCGGGGGGUCCCUAAUUUUCACGAUAAAACCAAUUGGCACGACCAUGGUUGCUGCCGCUCACACCCUUUUGUCUGUGUGACUUCCUGACAUCGGCCGGUGAUCCUACAGCACGAAAGCCAAAGAUGGGAGAAGCUAAGGCGAGCGGGAUUGCCCGCAACGGCAACACCGACGGUAGCAAGGCCAGCGCACGCGCGACCAACGGGGUAUCAAAAAGGCGAUCAGGCGACGCUAACGUGCCAGACGAGUCCAACAAGCGCCCCAGGAUUGCUGAGAAAACCGACCGCACCAGAUGGCGCAUGAAGGCCGACGAGGGCCGCCAUACGUGGCACUACCUCGAGGAUGACGAGCAGGUCGAGGUCUCGCCCCAGACAUAUGCCGACAAAUACUACUUGGGGCUCCCGCUGGAACUGCCCGACCUUCCAAAGCCCAAGAAGCCGAUCGACGCCGUCCACAAUGGCCUUGACUUCCUCGAGAAACUCCAGCUCCCUCCCGGACAAUGGGGCUGCGAGUAUGGAGGUCCCAUGUUCCUCCUGCCAGGUGUCGUAAUCACCUGGUACGUUACCAAGACGCCGAUCCCAUGGACCUACGCCACCGAGAUCAAGAACUACCUCUUUGCACGCGCCCAUCCCGAGGACGGCGGCUGGGGCCUGCACAUCGAGGGCGAGAGCUCUGUCUUUGGCACUGCCAUGAACUAUACUGUGCUGAGGAUCGUGGGCGUUGAGGCCGACCACCCCGUCAUGGUCAAGGCCCGAGCGGCGCUUCACAAGCUGGGUGGCGCAUCCCACUCCCCGCACUGGGCCAAGUUCUGGCUAUCUCUCCUCGGCGUUUGCCAGUGGGAUAUCGUGAACCCGUGCAACCCGGAGCUGUGGCUGCUUCCGGACUGGGUUCCGAUCGCGCCCUGGCGCUGGUGGAUCCAUAUCCGCCAAGUUUACCUUCCCAUGUCGUAUAUUUGGUCAAAACGCUGGCAAGGCGAGAUCACUGAUCUUGUUAAGGAGCUGAGGCAGGAACUCUUUGUUGAGCCUUACGAAUCUAUAGUCUGGGGCUCACAUAGGAACUCCAUUGCUGACUGUGACAACUACCACCCCAAGUCGUGGCUGCUGAACACGGCCAACUGGUUUCUCGUCAACAUCUGGAAUCCCUACUUGCGCACAAAAUCCUUGGUCGACAAGGCUGAGGCCUGGGCGAGUCGCCUGAUCGACAUGGAGGAUGAGAAUACAGACUACGCCUGCCUGGCACCUGCUAACGCGCCGAUGAACAUGGUGUGCUGCUACAUUCGCGACGGACCGGACUCAUACUCUGUCAGGCGACAUCGCGAGAGGAUGGAGGAGUUCCUGUGGAUCAACGCAGAAGGCAUGAUGGUCAACGGCACCAAUGGGGUCCAGUGCUGGGAUACGGCGUUUGCCAUCCAGGCCGUCAUGGAUGCCGGCCUGACGGACCAUCCCCGCUGGCGUCCCAUGCUCACCAAGGCGCUUGAGUUUCUCGACGAUCAACAAAUCCGGGAAGACGCCAAGUAUACGAUCGAGGGCUACCGUCAGAAACGCAAGGGCGCGUGGGCUUUCAGCAACAAGGACCAGGGUUACGCCGUCAGCGACUGCAUUUCGGAGGCGCUGAAGUCGGUCAUACUGCUGCAGAAGACUCCUGGUUACCCGCAGCUUAUCGACGACCAAAGGAUCUUUGACGCCAUCGACACGCUGCUCACGUACCAGUCGCCCAACGGAGGGUGCGCAUCGUACGAGCCACCGCGGGGCAGCGAGCUCAUGGAGAUGCUCAAUGCCGCCGAGGUGUUUGGGCGCAUCAUGGUCGAGUACAACUACCCCGAGUGCACGACCGCCUGUGUCACCGCCCUGUCGCUCUUCCACAAACAUUGGCCGGGCUACCGAUCGAGGGAGGUCACCGAGUUUAUCCACAAGUCCGUGUCCUGGGUCAAGACGGAUCAGCGGCCAGACGGCAGCUGGUAUGGGAGCUGGGGCAUCUGCUUCACAUACGCCGGAAUGUUCGCCCUGGAAAGCCUGGCGAGCAUUGGUGAGACGUACAAGAACAGCAGGAACUCCAAGAUGGGAUGCGAUUUCCUCGCCUCCAAGCAACGCGAAGACGGCGGAUGGUCUGAGAGCUACAAGGCAUGCGAACAAUCCAAAUACAUCGAGCAUCCUACGGGCUCUCUUGUGGUCCAGACGGCAUGGGCCCUGAUUGGACUUAUGAAGGGCGAGUACCCGCACAUUGAGCCGAUCAGGAAAGGCAUUAAGUUCAUCAUGGGGCGCCAGCAACCCAACGGAGAAUGGGUCCAAGAGGCCAUCGAGGGCGUGUUCAACAAGAGCUGCAUGAUCUCGUACCCCAACUACAAGUUGGUUUUCACGUUGAAGGCGCUGGGCAUGUUUGCCAAGAAGUACCCUAAUGAGAAGGUUCUGUGAACGGGAGGAAGGGCCGAGUUCAGAGCUGUGCCGGUUCAAGGCUGGGUCUAUUCAGCGAUUAUUACUUGUUAGUCCUAAUAACACCUUGUCAAACUAGAGGCAAAGAGUGUUAUUUCUAGUCCAAAGGGGGUGUGUUUUACGAAUGUGCUUACCCGAAGGUUUGCGCAAGUGCUUCGAUGGGCGGGAAACUGAGUUAUUUGCCCC